UGGAACACAUUUAUGAAUGGGAAACAAAAACAAAAUUGCUGGAAAAGCUCAACAGGUCUGACAGCAUCUGUGGAGAGAAAUCAGAGAGAAAUUAAUGGAUGGGGAGCUAUGGAGACUACAUGGUAUCUUUAGUACCAUAGUGUCAUUGACUACAACAAGCACAAAGCUGCAGAGACACUGACAGUGAACUGAGUCCAAAAAUGGAGAAAGUGCCUGGCUUAAUUGUGGGAUUCAUGCUGUUGUCCCAACUAGAAGUGGGAAUUUCCUACAAAUUGAUUUGUUAUUUCACAAACUGGGCCCAGCACAGACCAGGAAUAGGCAAGUUUAUGCCAGAAAACAUUCCUCCUUGCCUGUGCACCCAUCUAAUUUAUGCAUUUGCUGCCAUUGAUAGUCACCACAAGAUUGUGCCUAAGGAAAAAAAUGAUGAAGCUCUUUAUGCAUCAUUUAACAGUCUCAAAAAAAAGAAUCCUACCUUGAAGACACUCUUGGCUGUUGGAGGAUUUAAUCCACAAAGGUUCAGCACUACAGUUGCUUCUAAAAAAACCCGUGCAGCAUUCAUCUUCUCUGCUAUCAAAUUUGUUAGGAAGUAUGAUUUUGAUGGUUUAGACUUAGUGUGGGACCACCCAGGGUCAAGGGGAAGCCCAUUUGACAACAAGAAAAGAUAUACCAUUUUGCUUAAGGAAUUGAGACAAACCUUACAAAGCGAAUCUAAACGCAGUAAAAAACCCAGACUAUUACUAGCAGCUGCAUUGCCUGCUAGUAAGGCUAAAAUUGAUGCUGGUUUUGAGGUGAAGAAAGUUGGUCAGUAUUUGGAUUCAAUCCAUGUGAUGACAUAUGAUUUCCAUGGUGCCUGGAAUUCAUUCAUUGGACGUAACAGUCCCUUGUUUCAUGCCAUUCCAGAACAGCGUGAAUCUACGUUUUUCAACAUGGAAUUUGCUGCCAAAUACUGGAGAGAUAAUGACUUGCCGGCUGAAAAAAUUAUCAUUGGCUUCCCAACAUAUGGACGAACCUUCAUGCUUAGGAGUCCCGGCAAUAACAGUGGUGGUGCCCCAGCAGUUGGACCAGGCCCAGCUGGUUCCUACACAAGAGAUCCUGGUUACUGGGCUUAUUACGAGAUCUGUGACUUUUUGAAAAAUUCUGAAACGCGAAUGUUUCAGGCCGAAGUUGUCUCAUUGGCUUCGAAGGGAAAGGUGUGGCUUGGUUAUGAUGAUAUCAACAGCUUUCAGACCAAAGUCCAAUGGCUGAAAGAUAACAAAUUUGGAGGUGCAUUUCUGUGGACGAUAGAUCUUGAUGAUUUGCAUAAUCAUUGCAAACAGGGAAUACUUCCACUAACAACCAGAUUGAAUAACCUUCUUGAAAUAAAUACAGGCUGUGGAAAAUCAAACACAGGCACCAGUCAUAGAGUAGCUACGGAUAUUGACCAGGGAUGGUGUGCCAACAAAGAAAUUGGUAUUUACCCUGACCCAUCAGAUGUAAACAAAUUCUACCGUUGUGCUAAGAUAGCUGUGCAUGAACGCUGUGCUGAAAACCAGGUCUUUGAUCAAGAAUGCAAGUGUUGUACAUGGCCUCGACUUCAGACAUAUGAAGACCCAACGUAUUGUUUCAACAAGAAUGAUGGUUUCUACCCUGAUGAAAACAAUGCUUCAAAAUUCUAUAUCUGUGCUGGGCACCAGGUCUUCUGGAGGGACUGUGCCAAAGGACUGGUGUUUCAUAAAGGUUGUAAAUGCUGCAACUAGCCCAUAACCAAUAGGCAAGGUUAUAGAUAAUUUACAGAAGAUGAAGGAGUCUUUAAAAAUCUCUGUUAAUCAAUACCCAACCACAUAACAAAUUAUUUUCAAAUUUAAUUUCUAUUUCCACCUCUUGCCACCUUCCUCAUUAUUAGUACUUCAGCCAAAUGAGAAUCUAGUGCAUAAAACAUGUCAAUUAGUUACAGCUACAGUAUGAAUCUCAAUGUAUUGCCUUCAUUUUGUUUUUCCUAAUAUACCAGGGUAUCAGAUUGACCAGUCGUUAAUUUCAAUCUUGUUUUAUUGUGUCCUAAUUUAACUAAAUAUUUACCAUCGAGCUCACAGGACUUUGGCUUCUAUCACAGGCUCAAUACUUUAGAUUUUUUUUACAAUUCAAUCUCUGGCUGAGGAAUUACGUAAAUUUAAACUCAAAUUUGACCUAGUGAAUGUUGAAUUUAAAAUUCUUCACUGUAAGAAAUAAA